AUGGAUCGACAGGUAUGCAAGACAAUAGGUUUGUACAUCCAGACAGAGCAAAUAAGACUUCCUAAGCUACUCCGCCCAGAAGUCAUUCAACUAAAGGCAUGGCAAGCUGAUUCUCCAUCUUAUGAACCUCAACAAGAAUCUGGUGGCUCAUCUGACAAAGGUACUCCUAACCAAGGAGGAGCUGCUCAACCUACUGUUGCUAAAUCUAGUACUAGUACUCUUGAUCAAUCUACUAUUCUCUCUCCUCCUCAACAUGCUAAAGGUACCGUUACUAUUCCUGUUGACGUUACAGCUGAAGCUGGAGGCCAUAGUGGUCAAAUUCCCGGUCAACAACCUCCUGGUCCAGAACCUCUAAGCAUCUUCCUCCUAGUUCCGACGUUAAAGAUGAUGCUGGUCCUACUAGUAAUGAAAAAGACUCUAUUCUUCCUGGUAGAAGUACAGUGA